CCCAGCUUGGCCCCGCCACCGCCCGCCUCGGCACAACAUGGCGAUGCACAACAAGGCGGCGCCGCCGCAGAUCCCGGACACCCGGCGGGAGCUGGCGGAGCUCGUGAAGCGGAAGCAGGAGCUGGCGGAAACACUGGCAAACUUGGAGAGACAGAUCUAUGCUUUUGAAGGAAGCUACCUGGAAGACACUCAGAUGUAUGGCAACAUUAUUCGUGGCUGGGAUCGGUAUCUGACCAACCAAAAAAACUCCAAUAGCAAAAACGAUAGAAGGAACCGGAAGUUUAAGGAAGCAGAGCGGCUCUUCAGUAAAUCCUCAGUUACUUCAGCAGCUGCAGUAAGUGCAUUGGCAGGAGUUCAGGACCAGCUCAUUGAAAAGAGGGAGCCAGGAAGUGGGACGGAAAGUGAUACUUCUCCAGACUUCCACAAUCAGGAAAAUGAGCCCAGCCAGGAGGAUCCUGAGGAUCUGGAUGGAUCUGUGCAGGGAGUGAAACCUCAGAAGGCUGCUUCUUCUACUUCCUCAGGGAGUCAUCAUAGCAGCCAUAAAAAACGAAAGAAUAAAAACCGGCACAGCCCGUCUGGCAUGUUUGAUUAUGACUUUGAGUAUGUAUAUUAGGUUAGGCUGGGAAGUUUUUUUUAAAAACAGAAAAACGUGAUGGAGGAUUGAUCUGAAGUUAAACAAAAAACCACGAGCUGAUUAUUAGAAGACUCAUUAGUGCAGAAGCGUCCAGGCUAUAGAGCCCUGCUUCCCUCCUCCGACCUCACAAAGAUAAACACCCCUCACCUGGCUGCGUGGCCAUCCAUCUCUGCUUUCCCAGACCUGGUGCCUGUGACUCUGAGUAGUUUGUUCUGAAAUGUGGUGACAAACAAGUCAUUUCUGUAAGACCAUAUUGGAGCAUUUAUUUUGUGUCAUUUUCAGUAACAAUUGCAGGACGACCCAAGACAUUGUUUUAAUCCCAGCAAGUUGCUAACUGUGCAUUUCUCCGUUCUUGGAACCAAUGUCUCCCCCGUCAAACUGGCUGGCACCAGCUUCAUCUGUGAUGCGCAUCGAGAAAUGGUCUCUAGGUUUGUUUUAUGCUGAACGUAGAACAAGUCACAUUUCAGAGGGAGGCUGUAAAUAUCUGGCGUUUUCUUAUUUUGUUUGUGUUUUAUCGUUUUUCUAUGAUUGUUUUUACCAUCUUAUUUGCUUUGGGGACUUUUUGUAAUGCCAUUAUACAGCUCAUACCUUCCUGCUGACAUAUCUGAUCAUCUCUUUCGUGCAGUUGCCAAUAUUCUUAACUGAAAGUAAUUUGGUUUACCAUAAAUAAAAUGGGGACUUGGCUUUUUGUUUCUUUGCAGAGGGAAGGUAAAGAGUGUUUAUUUAAUAAUUACCUAUCUUAAAUCUUUUUGAGUUGGAAGCAGUUUCAUGUUCAAGGAACAGGAAAAACUGAAACACAUGAGUUUAAAUGAGUCCUUUUAAAAUAGGUAUUUUUAUUCUUUUGUAUAAAUAAAAUUUCACAGGCUUUGACUUCUCAUCCUUCACCUUUAAACUUGAGAUUGUUUUUUCACUUACUUAUUCGUAUCAUGCCUUACGGAAAUUUCUUUCUCCAUCUUUUCUCUCUCUUUGAUGGUAUUUGCCUGAUUAAAUAUUGCUCUAAAAAUGACUAAGGCACAUGGAAAGGCUCUAAACUGUACCCAAAGCUGCUAACGCCUGGAGUCCUUGAGCAAAGUGAAUGACAGGAUCACCGAGAGGCCGCGAUGCCCAGCAAACGCCCCUUCCUUUCAGGGUGGAUGGGCCGAGGAGUCUGUUGAUGGUUGUUACCUGCCUCUGGAGCAGCGGCCCUCCACCUCGGCUGCACAUUGGAAUCACCUGGGUUGCUUAAAAAAAUACCAGUGCCUGGGUCGCACUCCCCAAGACCCUGACUCGACUACAGCCUAGUAUUGGGGAUAUUCGUUCCAAGAGUCCCUGGCAUUCUGACAGGAAACCAAGUGGAGAACCACUGCAUUAGGAGACUGGAUUGUUCGAUUUCAAUCCCAUGUCAUGAAUCAGUCUAAGGGAUAAGCUGUGGGGCCUCACCUUUCCUUUGACUCUAUUUAGUCAUAAAUACUUAUCUCCAUAUCUUUGUUAGAAAAAAUACGUUCCAUUUGUGGCAAUGUUGGUAGAGCUGAAAUACGGAUGGCGUCUAUUAUCAAAACACGUCGACCUUGUCAGAUGUGCAAAAGCUUCCUCUUGUUCUCAAAUAAACUUUUUUUUUUUUUUUUGA